AUGUCUAAAAAGCUAGAAGGCGAUCUGGAUCCACUAUGGGAAGAUGUGGAUUGGGCCAUUGGCCAGAUGCUCAUCAUGGGCUGGGAUGGCACAGAGGUGACGCCCCAGAUCCGGAACCUCAUUGAGGAGCACCAUCUUGGCAGCGUCCACAUGACAGCGAAGAACUUGAAAUCUGCCCACGAGACGGCCAAGAUCGUGCAAGAGCUGCAGACGAUAGCUCGCAAUGCCGGCCAUCCCUACCCACUACUCAUUGCCAUCGACCAGGAGAACGGCGGCGUCAACAGCCUCUUCGACGAGGACUACAUUUGUCAGUUCCCCAGCGCCAUGGGUGUCGCCGCUGCUGGUAGCGCCGACCUCGCCUACUCCAUUGCCAAGGCCACCGCCUCCGAGGUCUCGGCCUGCGGCGUCAACAUGAUGCUCGGCCCCGUCCUCGAUGUCCUCACCAAUGCCCGCUAUCAGCCGCUUGGUGUCCGCGCCACGAGCGACGACCCCCAGGAAGUCUCGCAGUACGGCAUCGCGGCCAUGAAGGGCUACAAGGACGUGGGCCUGGCCACAUGCGGCAAGCAUUUCCCCUCCUACGGCAACCUCGACUUCCUGGGCUCCAGCCUCGACAUUCCCAUCAUCACACAAACUCUCGAGGAGUUGAGCCUCAGCGCCCUCGUGCCCUUCCGCAACGCCAUUGCCACCGGCCAACUCGACGCCAUGUUUGUCGGCGGCUGCGGGAUUGCCAACCCCUCUAUGAACGUCGGCCACGCCUGUCUCUCGGACCAGGUGGUCGACGACUUGCUGCGCAACGAGCUCGGCUUUCGCGGCGUCGCCAUUUCCGAGUGUCUGGAGAUGGAAGCACUGAGCCACGAAAUUGGUGUCAAGGGCGGCACCGUCAUGGCCGUCGAGGCCGGCUGCGACAUUGUCAUGCUGUGCCGGGCGUACGACGUCCAGCUCGAGGCCAUUGCGGGCCUCAAACUCGGCUAUGCCAACGGCAUCCUCACCCGUGACCGUAUAUUCACCUCACUCCGCCGCGUGCUCAACCUCAAGAAGAGCUGCACGUCCUGGGCAAAGGCCCUCAACCCCCCGGGCCUUUCGCUCCUGUCCAAGAUUCACCCGUCCAACCUCGCCUUGUCGCGCAAGGCCUACGAUGACUCCAUCACCGUCAUGCGCGACCGCGACCGCCUGCUUCCCCUCUCCCGCUCCAUGCACCAGCACGAAGAGCUGUUGCUGCUCACCCCCCUUGUCAAGCCGCUGCCCGCCUCGUCCGCCACAAAAACGCUCGAGAACAAGAAUUUCAUCUCGUCUUCGGCGUCCUCGCAGUCCCUCCACGACAAGUGGGUGCAUCGCGACCGCGGUGCCAUUAUGAGUGGCGAGGGCGUCUUCCGUGGCCUUGGCCGCUCGCUCGCCCGUGCUCGACACGGAAAGCUGCUCCACACGUCCUACACAGCCAACGGCGUGCGGCCGGUGCAUGAAAACCUGAUACACCGCGCCUCCACAAUCAUUAUUGUGACAGCCGACGCCAACCGCAACCUCUACCAGGCUGGUUUCACCAAGCACGUCUCCAUGAUGUGCUCCAUGAUGCGCGCCAGCGGCCAGAACAAGAACUUGAUUGUCGUCGCGGUCAGCUCCCCAUACGACUUUGCCAUCGACAAGACCAUUGGCACCUACAUCUGCACCUUUGACUUUACCGAGAUGGCCAUGAGCGCACUCGUGCGCGCCCUCUUCAACGAGUACAGCCCGAGCGGCACGCUACCGGGCACGCUGCGCAAGAGCAAAAAGGUGCUCAAGUCGCGCCGCAACUGGCUCGUCGAGACGUACAACCGCGACCGGGACGGCCGGGGACUGGACGAGCUGCUGCAGGCCAUUGCGCGCGCCAGCGGGCCGCACCUGCAAUAUCUGCGGAGUGCGACCGCCUCGUCCUUUGAGCUCAGCAACCCCAACAUCGAAGAGUCUCACCUUGUCGUCAGCAACAGCAGCACGCAAGCCCUGUACGGCUUCUGCGCUACGUACUUUAUCAAAAACUCGGGCGUCGGCAUUGUCGGUGGCCUGUUUGUCGACCCGGGCAAGCGAAAUGUCUCCGUGGGCCGUUCUCUGCACCGCGCUGCCCUCCGACUCCUGUCCCAAAAGCCCGGGGUGGCGAAACUGCAGCUCGGUUCCUGUUUCCCGGGCGUGUUCCCCGGCAUUCCCGUGGUCGACGACAGCGGCAGCAGCACGGCCGGAAGCACAGGCAACACGCCCGGCGGUGGUGCUUCGAACAAUGCAGUCGCAGCGGCGGGCCCGGGCAGCUCUGGCUCGGCCGCCUCCAGCACAGCGAGCAUCCGCUCGUGGUUCGCCCGUGGUGGCUGGGAGGUGGCUUUCCCCCGGCGUAUCACCAACCUCGUCAUCCCGGACCUGAACCGCUGGUCACCCCCCGAAGGCCUGACACGCCACCUCGCCAACGCCGGCAUCAGUUUCGAUCUCAUCCAGGGCCCUGAGAUUGCCGAGGGCGUGCUGAGCCACGUUGCCGCACUGGCUGGCCCGGAGGUGGUUGAGCUGUACCGGUACGCUCUGUCGCAGGGCAACAACAAGACCUGCGCCGUCGUCCGGGCCAAGGUGGCAGGCAGCAAGAAAGCCGGCAACGGCGCAGACGGCGGCGCCGACUUCACGGCCGAGGAACACAGCGGUGAUGACGUCGCGGAGGAUGCGCUUCUCGGUACCGUUAUUGUGUGCAGCCCGGGCAGUACGAUAGCCAAUUUCCUGCCCCCCUUGCAGCCGCUACGGUCGGUGCACGGCCCAGCAUCACAUGGCGGGGGCAGCGCCGGCGGCGGCGGCGGUGGUGGCGGUGGUGGUGGUGGCGGCGGUGGCGGUGCCAGCGGCCGGUCUGCCAGUCUCAGCACAGAAGACAGCCUGUCGGCCGGUUUGGCACCGGGUCCGAGUAGCAACGCCUUUGACGAGAACACGGCAACGGGUGGCAUCGUCGCUCCGGUCGUCGUGGCGGGCGCUGGCUCGGCCUCAACACUGCUGCUCCUACAGGGCCUCGCCAUGAUGGCCGUGCGGCAGAACAAGAACCACCGGGCGGUGCGCAGCGUGCUGAGCUGGGUGGCCGACGAGGCGUACGAGCCAUUGUUGGCGAUGCAGUUUGAGGUUCUGCAGACGUUUGACGAGCUGACAAACACGAUUGAGAAUUGGUCGGAUCUUGGUUCGACAUGA